CGCCGUCGCUACCCGGGACCGGCGGCCGCCGCGCACAGCCCGCGCCCUCUCCCCCCGCUCCGCGUCCGCUCGGUGUCCUGCCCCGCCAUGAAGUUGAGCAGCCGCGGCCGGGGAUGCUGCGCGGGCGGCAGCCAGGAGCGCGGGCCGCCGCCGCGGAGCCCCUUCGUGCACCAGCUGCGCUUUAGCCCCCUGGAGAAAGCCAAGAUUGCCUUCAUGACCUUGACUCUGUUUCCUAUCCGACUCUUUUUUGCUGCUUUUAUGAUGUUGCUGGCCUGGCCUUUUGCGUUCAUUGCUUCAAUGGGAUCUGACGAGCAAGAGCUUGAAAAGCCCCUCUCCUGGUGGCGAAAGAUAGUGGAUAUUUUGCUGAAAGCAAUAAUGAGAAUGAUGUGGCUUGCUGGUGGAUUCCACUGGAUAAAUGUCAAAGGCAGACGGGCAUUGCCAGCAGAAGCAGCAAUAUUAACGGUGGCUCCCCAUUCUUCCUACUUUGAUGCCAUUCCAGUAACUAUGACCUUCGCAUCCAUUGUGAUGAAAGCAGAAAGCAAAGAUAUUCCUGUUUGGGGAACUCUGAUCAAAUAUAUCCGACCAGUAUUUGUGUCUCGGUCAGACCAGGAUUCUCGCAGGAAAACUGUUGAAGAGAUAAAGAGGCGUGCCCAGUCUAAUGGUAAAUGGCCACAGAUAAUGAUAUUCCCGGAGGGCACUUGCACAAACCGAUCCUGUCUAAUUACAUUCAAACCUGGAGCGUUUAUUCCUGGGGUUCCUGUACAGCCAGUGGUUUUACGUUAUCCAAACAAACCGGACACAAUCACAUGGACAUGGCAAGGGCCAGGAGCGUUUGAAAUUCUGUGGCUUACUUUAUGUCAAUUUCACAAUUCCGUGGAAAUCGAGUUUCUACCCGUGUAUACUCCUUCAGAAGAAGAAAGAAAAAAUCCAGUGUUAUACGCCAAUAACGUCAGACGGGUAAUGGCAGAGGCAUUGGGAGUUCCAGUGACAGACUACACAUUUGAAGACUGUCAGCUGGCUUUGGCUGAAGGACAGCUUCGUCUGCCUUCAGAUACGUGUCUUCUAGAAUUUGCAAAGCUUGUGAGAAGCCUUGGGCUGAAGCCAGAAACACUUGAAGAUGAUCUUGAUAAAUAUGCUGCAAGUGCCAUGAAAAUGAAGAAAGAAAAGGUUAAUCUCAAAGAAUUUUCAGCCUACUUGGAGUUUCCAGUUUCUCAGACAUUAGAAAGUAUGUUUGCACUUUUUGAUGAGAAGGAAGAUGGUGUAAUUGACAUUCGGGAAUUUGUCAUUGCUCUGUCAGUUGUCUGUAAGCCAUCCAAAACUCUGGAAACAAUUCAGUUGGCAUUUCAGCUGUACCAGUCAGAAGGAGGAACUGUAACAGAAGAGGAUUUAGGUUGUAUUCUGAAGACUGCGAUGGGUGUGUCACAAAUUGAUGUUACACAUCUUUUUAGAGCUGUAGAUGAAGAAGAAAAAGGAAAGAUUACAUAUGAUGACUUCUACACAUUUGCGGUGUUGCACCCACACUUUGCAGAAGAAUAUCUCUAUGCUGAUCAGAUGGGAGCUGAGAGUGGCUUGGAGACUUCAUCUCUUUCUGCUCCUAAUGGUAUCUGUACUGACUUCAGCCCUGACAGCAGUGGAGACAGAAGGAAGCCCUUGCAGAAGAAACUGAAUUAACACUACAACUGUUACCUUCCUCUCCUGGUGAGAGGGUUGUAUUUUCUUGGGAUUUUCAUAAGUCAUUCCAAUUAUACAGCAAAUACCAGUUUUGUGUGUGAAAAUUCUACCUGAAUACCAUCCUUUGAAUCAUAUGUGCUAUAUUUAACAACAUGUUCCAGGUUACUUUGGGAAAGGUGUUUUUAUUUUUUUUGGAAAGGUCUUUGAAAGGCAAAAAUGUGAAUGUGCUUCAUUAUUGAUGUUCAUAUUUAAAAGGAAGCGGCACAACUUAUUUAUAUUCCAUUGGCUAGUUCCAUGUACAAAGUGUCGCACAAACUGUGCAUGUAUAAAGAAACUGUAGCUACUAUGGUGUAAAGUGCACUUUGGUGAUUAGUGUUUUCCCUAGUUAUGGGGAUGUUUAUUUGGGGCCAAACUUUGCUGUCCAUAUCUGAAUAGCCAGUCUUGUUGAUUUCGAUGGGAUUAUUCUCUUGAGCAAGGCAAGCAUACCUUUGGCCCUUUGUUUUGGUUUCAGUGAACAGUUUGGAAACUAAUACAAAAACUUGCUAAGGAUUACUUUUUAUUUUUAUUGCUGAAUGACAAAAUUGUUUCUCUUUCCAUGGUAGAAUGAAAAGGAAAGGCUUAUUAUCCCUCACCCCACACUUUUCUACUGUAAUCUUCCGGAUGCAAUUAAACGUGAAUUCUUUCCAAACUGACAUGCCACAUACUGUUUGAAAAUACAUAAUUGAACUGUU